AUGUUCUCACACUGGUUUCGCAAUCCUAGUAUACGAUUAUUUUUGCACCUUGGAGAAGGAGGUAACUAUGAAACUGAUCACUGUGAUCAGCCCAUAUGCUUGGGUAUUGACGAUCCACGACAGGUAACAUAUGCAUGGUCAUGCCCACGGUCUCUUGGCCUCAUCCUUUUUUAUAUGAAUCGUUAUCUUCCGUUUAUAGACCAAUCACUUGUCCUUUACAGUAAGAUUUCAAUAUCAUGUAUAAUUUUCUCUGACAUCAUCGCAGUCAAGUUCGCUGCGAUCCCUCCAAAGGUCCACCCCUCAGACAGAACAAGACUUUACCCAUACUGA